UUCAUGAUUGGCGGCAGUCGGCACUAGCCAGUGGACGCGAACGGUGGUUUGUUUGUAAUAUAGUUAAGUCAAAUGCUGCACAUGAAAAUGGCGUAGUAAGGUGGUAUAACGCCGUAAUUAUCAUCGUAUAGAUGUGUCGUGAAAAGUUUCGAACAGUGAACAGGCGUCUAUCAAUCGACUUUUUAAGCAUUUGUAACGAUACCGUCCAAUUAAAAGCAUUGUGAUUAAUUCGAUGGAUCACUCAUCCUAAUAACAGCGUGAAAAGUGUGUUGUGUGUUGGUGACUCGUACUGUGAUUUGACAACGGAUGUGUUCGAAUUCCUGUUAAUGUUUUGGAGGUCGAACGAGAUGUACAAGUUUAAUUAAACCAACGUAAUUAAAUUUUCAUGAAGAAAAUCCAACGAUGGCACUCAUACUUGGGAGAAAUCAAGAAUUUUUCCUCGUGACAGCUUGACGACCUCGACUCCAGACGAGUUCAAGAUGGCGCCACCGGCAUUUUGACACUUGCUCAAGAUUCGUCAGCUGGAUUUUACAACCGCUCCGAGUUUCGAUUAUGAGCAGAGAAUUUUACGUUCCUUGUACACCCUACACUUAUCAGGUAAAACACGUUUCAUCACGUGAAUGUUACGAUUCUUCGUAUUUGCAUGUAUUCUGUGGCAGCGGCGGAGGGUCGACGGAGGGCAUCGUCGGGAGCGUAAGCGGUAACAGCAGCGGAGGCGGUGGCAUGGAUUGCAUGCCCCUGCGUCCAGGCCCGUUUCACUACUUGAUAAGCGAGCAGGCGAAAUCGUUGCUCGCCCUGCAGGAGUUGCAGAAUGAGGUCGGCGCCCUCCUCGAGUUCCGGGACCUCGUCAUCGAGACGUUCCCCAAUCUCCGCCACAAGAUGGCCGCGACGGCGUCCGCGGGAGCGUCCGUGAUGACGUCGUCCUCGUGCACCCAAAACUCUCACAUCCCUCUACCGCUGUCGUCGAGCCCGUCCUCGAGAAGGAUCAACGAAUGGGAGCCUGGCAAGGUGAGGAGGCGAGUUGCCCGCGAGCCGUCCAGCGGCGGCGGCGGCGGCGGGGGCGGCGGUGGCGAGUCCUCCUCGUUGCCGAGAAGUCGCAGCAAUUCGCACAGCGGUGGAACCAAGAACAACUGCAGCGCCACGGUCCAGGAUUCCGGGUUCAGCACCGAGACGUCCUCCAAGGACAGCGCCUCGACCGCGAUAGCGCCCAGACCGAACAGUCCCAGGCCCGCUGUCCUGGACGAGGCGGAGGACGAGCUGUGGAACCUGUUGGACGUGAUCCACCGUAAAGGGAUCAGGCUGAGGGAGGAGGUGGAGUGUUUGCAGGGUCGGUUGGAGAGCGUCGCGUCCGAGGAUCUCGGUUCGACCGACAUCCUCGACGCUGUGAGGAAGGUCACGUGUCUGGAAGAGGACGAGAAGGCGGGGUCGAGCGAGCGGGACAAAGAGGGUAAUGAGGGGGAGGAUUCCCAAGUGAUAGCUCUGAGGAGGGAGAAGGAGCAAUUGUUGGACAAGGUGGCGGAGCUGGAAGCGGAGACGAUAUCCAGCCGUGCCAGGGCGCAAGAGUUGCAGUCGGAGUUGGCCGCGUUGUCCGCGUUGAAAACAGGGCUGGAGGAUCGGCUGAGGGCCGGGCUGGCCGAGACUUCCUCGGACAUACGCGUGCCAGGUGCGCAGAGGUUGCAACCCAUAACACCCGCGUUACCACCCACCCUUGUCUCCACGCCCAAGAGCAAUAACAACGUUGGCAAUAUCAAGAGCAAAUCUUCGGCGUUCGCACCCGUGGCCACGUCCACGACGACGAAGGCCCACAAGAACCGUUUCCGGACCAGGACCAUCGAGAAGAACGUGUUGCUCGAUGUGACGGCACGCAACGACGAGCUGCGCGACAUCGACGUCGAGGCGAGCGUGAACGAGAGGAGGGCACGACUGGGUGCGUUGGAUUCCGUCCUUGUGUCUCCUACCAGAGUCGCCCACGUUAAGGACGUCGAUUCGAAGAAGAUCGCUGCCAUACUCCGGGAAAACUCGCCUCUCGAGUUGCAGCGGCAUUUGAUCACCACUACCGUCCAUAAUCAGGUCCUACAAAAGAGAUUAGACGAGGUGGAAAAAAGUACGGAAACUCUGUCGGAACGGUUGGACAAGGCACGAGAAGAGAACGACGAUCUACGUUUCCAGUUGGAAGAGAGGAACAUCGAGUUGGAAGGUACACGGGCGCGCGUGCGCGUGUUGGAGAGACUGCAACAAAGGCCGCCGACGGAAGCUGAUCCGGACGCGGACGGGGAUCAGCCGAGGUGCGAGCAGAACGGUUUGGAGCCGGGGAGCAGCACGGAGUCGGCUCGCGAUCAUCACCAAGCCGUCGAGGUGAAACCUUCGCCCCGGCGUCGUCCUAGUCGUAUACCUUUACCCGGCGCCACCGCGAAGGCGGCGGCGCCCAGACCGCCUAGCCACGGAAGGAACGAUAGCAAAGAGUCGUUGAAGUCGUUGACGAGGCCUCCCCGUGAUUCUAGUCGCGACAGCCACUGUGGCAAGUCGUUGUCCAAGGCUCGUGACUCGAAUCGUGACUCCCUGGGGAACAAAAGCCUGACCAAGAGUGGUAGCAACAGCAGCGGAGGUGGAAGCAAUAACGGGAACGGAAACAGCAAGGAGACGAACAGGGAGUCCCUGAACAGGUCCCUGCCGCGUAACAAUUCCAGCCGAGACUCCUUAAACAAAUCCUCCUCGCUGUCCCGCGCCCGAGACUCGCUGGAGUCUAACAACCUCGGCACGUCCUCAUCCCCGGGGACGACUCCUCCUCGACGACCGCCCGCUCCUGCACGCCGUUCCUACAGCCUGGCCCGCGCCUCGUCAUCCGUUGAUACCGAGAACGGCAAGGUACGAUCCGUAAAGCAAUACUUUUGGACCAGCUGGCUGAAGUCACCGUUAUCCAACGGCCCGAUCUAGUAGAACAGUUGCACCGAACCACCGAGUUCGUGGUGCUCGACCAACGGCAGCUUCCGGCACAGCGAUUCCUCCUUGUAUCCGGACUCCUUGAACCAAGAGACCUCGUCGGUCACUGGCACUACAAGAGUGGAAUUCAUCAUCGGCUCGCCGACCAGACGCUUCCGUCAGAGCUCUGUCUGGCCACACCGUUAUUUCGAUAGCAUAGACUCGGCGGCCAUGCUUCCGGAAAGUCUGUUAACUGACGAAUUUUCGCUUCGACGUGGCGAAGCAUUGGCUGAAGAUUUCAUUGCGAUGCUGCAUUUAUUCAAAUCUUCUUUGGGCAACGGUAUAUUUUUUUUGCCAUAUGGAUAUAGACGAACUGGUUACAUCGUGGCAAUAUUUUGUGGUUUUUUUAUUGGUAUAUUGUACAUGCACACGAUGUAUACAUUGGUGCAAUGCUCUCAGAUAUUGUGCAGGCGUAAUCGCGUACCGAUGUUGGAUUUCGCCAAAACAGCGGAGGUCUCGUUUCUCAGUGGUCCACCGAAGAUUCAAAAAUAUGGGAGAACGUUCGGCGUCUUGAUUAAUGUGUUCGUUUGCUUCGUACAUUUCCAGGGCACCACGAUAUCCAUCCUUUAUGCAUCCACUUUGUUCCAGCAAAUGAUCGAAUAUUUCUCCGAAGUCGAAUUGAAUCUUCGAUUCUACGUAAUUGGGAUGUAUCCAUUUAUCUGUUUAUUUGGUUUUCCAAGCUUCAAGUAUCUGGCGCCAUUGUCCAUGCUCGGCUCCAUAUUCAUACUGACAGGCAUUGCCGUCACCUUGAAUUAUCUCAUCGAGGAUUUUCCUGAUCCGAACAGAUUGGAAACUUUCACUCAACUGCUACCAAUCCCUACGUUCUGCAACUUAUUCCUGUACGCUCUGCACAACGUGACCAUGACCAUGCCGCUCGAGAACAGGAUGAGGACUCCGUACAACUUGCAACGAAUGUUAAUACUCAAUGUAUCGAUUAAUGUCUUAUUGUACACGACAUUCGGAUUCCUCGGUUACAACAAAUACAUGCACGAUGUCUACGACACUGUAGUCAAGAAUCUACCCGUCGACGUACCACUUACGCAAACAAUAAAAAUAACCAUUGCCCUGGCUGCUACGUUCUCGUUUGGAAUAGCUUAUUUUGUACCAAUCUCGAUAAUAUUGCCCAAGAUCCAAAAAAGAUUUGGAAAAAUAACUGAACAUUAUGAUGAAAAUAUCUUCCGUAUAAUUGGAGCAACUGUAACGACAAUAUUGGCAAUUGCAAUUCCGCAAAUGUUGCCUCUACUCGGAUUUCUUGCAGCGUUAAGCAUGACCACGAUUAUAGUAUUGAUCCCCAUAGUGAUAGAAACAGCGACGAAAUGGGAGACUGCCACUCGAUUUCUUCUCGCAAAAAACAUUGUUAUUUUUAUAAUAUGGAUGGUGUUAUUCAGUUUUGGAAUAGUCGAGAGUGCAAUAACGAUCAUCAAAGAGUACAAAUGAAUAGGAUGCGAAAGAGAAAGGAUGCUGAUUAUUGAAGUUAAUUAAUGAAAAUGGCACUAAUUUUCUCUGCUGCAUUUGUGAAAAGGGAUUCAAAGAAAGUGCAAAACCGAUUUGCAAGAUUACUUUGCAACAUAUAAAAGUGUACAAUCUUACGAUACGAUUUAAUUGCAAAUUUCACUCAUCGUUAUUUUAUUGAUUUAAUCCUUUGUUUAUUAUUUUAUCCAAAUAAAAAAUACGUAACCGAGAAAAGUUAGAAAUACUUGAGGCAAGAAUAAUAUAACAAACAAUAAGACAAAUAAGAUAUUGUUUCAAUUGUUAUUUAUAUUAUAAAUAUACAUUUGUAUAUAAAAAUAUAAUAUCGAUAUUUAUUAAUAUUCUUUUUUAUUUACGAAUAUGAAUUGAUAUUUAUGCUUAGCUACUUACAUCAAGUCAAUUACAUCAUCGUGAGGAAAAGAUCCGUAGAUCAUGGAAAAAUAAUAAAUCGAAACGCUUGGAGCCCACACGGUUUUUAUCGAGUCAUGAAUAAUUUAAUAUUCAUAUUAUAGAUUUGAAUAUUUACGCGAACAAUUAUAGUCAUACGAAUGCAUUUGUGCUAAUCAUUUUUAUUGAAACGAUUGAUCUUCGCAUUCUAUGAAAAUUGUAUGUCGAUUUUUCAAUUUUGUCAAUUAACACUUUCUUUUAAGAAAAAAAAAAAAAAAAUUAUAUUUGGCUUUAAAUUCCUUUAUAUUUUUUUUUAGAACAUCGUAAAAAAAUAAACAUCGUCUUGUUUUUUUUUGUCGAAUGUCAUGAAUGAGUCAAAAAAUUCAUAGUUUCGAUAUUCUUCUUAUAUUUUCUUUUUUUUUUUAUAUUAAAAUAAACAACAAAAUUUUAUAAAUAAAUUAUAGAUGUGCAAAAAAGCGUUAUCUUAAAUUCUUAUGUAAUUCCAUUGUCCUCUUCUUUGUUUAUACGGUACAAUUUACGAUAACGCACGUUUAGCUUAAUA